GGAAAGCAGCAAAAUCAAAACACCAAAAAUAGAAACAUUUAUUAAAACACAAUUGUCACAACUAGACCGAAUCCUACAACAAGAAAAAGAACAAGAAGACCCGCAAAUAAAAAUUGGGCAACAAACUAAUGAACACAUUCAAGAAAUUGAAAGAGUCACAAAUAGAAAAAUACUAGAAGCAGAAACAGCAAAAGAUAAAAAGGCUUACCUAUACAAAACAAUAUCUGCAUUAACAGAAACAAAAGAUGCUAUUCUCUGGAAGAAUAGAGAUCUAGUAAAAGAUUUAGAAGAAGAAUAUAGACAAAUGGAACAAUGUGAAAGUGAACCAUUACAAGAACAAUAUCAAGCAAAAUAUAGAGAACUAUUGGGAGCAUCUCUAAAAAACUUAGAUAAAAUGCAUGACAUAGAAGACGAAGAAGAAUGA